AUGUCGGGACUUUUUGGUUGCUGCGUUUUCGUGAACCAUGAAUGGCAGCAUCUGCCUCAGGUCGCGCUGAAAGCGCACGCAACUAUAUUGUCUUCUGCUUCACAAACCACUCUCACUCAAACAUUCACGAACCCAUUAGGCUAUGCUCUCUCGGAAGUCAACUACAUUUUCCCUCUCUACGAUGGUGUCAGUGUCGUCGGUUUCCAGUGUCGUGUUGGCAAUCGCCUCCUCUACAGCAAAGUGAAAUCGAAGGAGCAGGCCAAUGCUGACUACGAGGAGGCCACGAGAAAUAAUGAGACGGCAGCUCUAAUGGAGCACACAGCCGAGGAGAACGAUGUGUUUAUGAUUCGAAUCGGUAAUGUGCAGGCCAAAGAGAUAAUCACCGUCGACACCACCUUUAUCGGCGAGCUCAAGCAAGAUGCUCAAACCGAUGGAAUUCGUUACACACUGCCAAAUGCUAUUGCACCCCGCUAUGCAAGUGCUAGCGGCAUCUUCCAUGGUGAUCAUUUAUUCUCGCCCUUCAGUUCUAGUUUUCCCGCAAAGUUUCAAGGAAUCUCUAUUACAGUCGAUGUGCAGAUGGGGAAAAACUCCAUCAUCCGGGAGUUGCAGUCUCCAAGCCAUUCGAUCAAAACUUUUCUUGGUCGGACUUCUUCCACCCAGGACAGCUCUUCAUUUGAGCCAUCUCAAGCAUCUGCUGCGCUCCAUCUCACCAAGGACAACCAGCCCUUGCUGGAACGCGACUUUGUCCUGCUUGUCAAAGCUGAUGGACUUGAUAACCCUGGUGCGCUGCUGGAGUCACAUCCAACUAUUCCUGGGCAACGCGCCCUGAUGGCUACGCUUGUCCCAAAGUUCAACCUUCCCCCUGCCCAGCCUGAAAUCGUCUUCGUGAUUGACAGAAGUAGCAGCAUGGGUGACAAAACAACUACCCUGCAGUCCGCUCUGAGAAUCUUCUUGAAAUCCUUGCCGCUUGGAAUCUGCUUUAACAUUUGCUCAUUUGGGACCUGGCAUUCAUUCCUGUGGUCAACUAGCAAAGUUUACGACCAGUCAAGCUUGCAACAGGCCUUGCUAUACAUCGAUCAUAUCCACGCUGAUAUGGGUGGCACAAACAUGCAACCAGCGGUCGAGGCUGUUGUGAACAACCGCCUCAAGAACAAGGACCUGGAGGUUCUUCUGCUCACCGAUGGAGCGAUCUACAAUCAACAGUCUCUGUUCAGUUUUGUCCGCGAUGCUGCAGCCGAUAACACCGCACGCUUCUUCUCCCUCGGUUUCGGCGAUGCCGCUUCCCACUCCCUCGUCGAGGGAAUUGCGAGAUCUGGUAACGGGGUUUCACAGUCGGUAUUAAGACAUGAAGAACUCGAUCGAAAGGUGGUAAGAAUGCUGAAGGGAGCUCUGACGCCUCACAUCUACGACUACAAGCUUCAGGUGGAGUAUGAUACCAUGGUUGAUGGCGACUUCGAAGUUGUGGAGAACGUCGAUUACCCCAUGCAAGGCUCUGAGACCGAUAUUGAGGACCAGGCUGCCGUUAUACAAACCCCCCAGAAACCUAUCUCUCUGUUUGAUGAGAACUACAAGGAAUCUAAUGCAGAACUUGGAGCCACUCGGACUGUAGAUGACAAGAACCUUCCCAAGCUAACAGCUCCCAAGGUUCUUCAAGCUCCGUAUAAAAUCCCCUCUCUCUACCCCUUCAUCCGCAGCACGGUCUACCUUCUCCUGGAUCCCAAGUCCACUCAUCGCAUCCCCCAAUCACUCACAUUCACCGCCACCUCCAAACAAGGCCCGUUGCAGCUACGCAUUCCCAUCAGUGACCUUGGUAAGGGCGAGACCAUCCAUCAGCUUGCAUCGCGCAAGGCCAUGAUUGAACUCGAAGAACUGCAUGGCUGGCUGGAGAAGACCAAGGAUUCUAAUGGCAAUCCAUUCACUCAACUCCACUCUGAUACAAAGCAGCGACUUGCCACCCGUGAAUGCCAGGCCCUGGGAAUCAGAUACCAGGUCACUGGCAAACAUUGUUCUUUCGUUGCUUUGGAAGAAGACAGCUCUGCGUCUGGCAAGGAUCAAGAGAAGGGACAACCAGGGGAGAAUAAAGCCCAAACAAUCUCUCGAGGAAGCGCUUCCCCGGUGGCUUCCCGCUUCAUGUCGGCCUCGGGUAAGGGAGGUGUGAAUGUCCUCUACUCUUCUGCACCGACACAGCAGAUGUAUUCAGGGCCCAUAGGAGGAUCCAUGAUGGGCCGAGCCCCGCCAGCGACAUCUAGCGCAGGGCUUUUCGGGAACCGGACCCAACCAGCCUCUUCGCUAUUUGGCGGUUCUCGUGGGUCUACACCUAACUCCCAAUCAGGAUUAUUCGGCGGUCAACCAUCCCCAUCGUCUGGUCUCUUUGCCUGCUCUGCUGUAGCUGAUGGGCCUAGCUCCGGUUCCCUUUUUGGAUCUGUCCCAACUGGUGGAUUUGGAGCCCCUACACCCCAGCGAGGACCACUGUUUGGAAGCGCGCAGAAUGUUCAAUUCCCCGUAAGACCAGCUUGCCUUGGACAAUCUGCUACCUCGUCCUUUCCUGGGUCUGUCUCGACUGGUGGGUUUGGAGCAUCCGCAGCCCAGCAAGGAACACUGUUUGGAAGUACGCAGAAUAAUCCAUCCCCCGCAAGAACAGCUUGCUUUGGACAAUCUACUACCGGAUUCUCUCAUGGAUCUGUCUCAACUGGUGGGUUUGGAGCUCCUGCACCCCAGCGAGGACCACUGUUUGGAAGCGCGCAGAAUGUUCAAUUCCCCGUAAAACCAGCUUUCUUUGGACAAUCUGCUACCGUGUCCCCCUUGGCCCAGACUGCACCACCCCCCUCUAGUGGCCAAUCUGAAGUCCACUCACUGGUUGCUCUGCAAUCUUUCAGCGGAAACUGGGAACUGAACCAGGAACUAUGCACUCUUCUUGGCUGUGACCUGAACAAGGUGUACAACAGCUUCCUCGAACUCACCCAGACCACUAACAUCUCCACUAAUCUUACCAAUGCUCUUGCUACUAUAAUGGCAAUGGGAUUCCUUGCUAACAAGCAUGCUGAUUCGAGAAGUGUCUGGGAGCUUGUUUUCGGUAAGGCUGAAGCUUGGCUGAAUGACACUGUGCCAGGACUUGGUAUCGCUGGUGCCAUGAUUGAUGCAAAAAAGGCUCAGAUCAUGUCCCUGGAGUUUCUCAAAUAA